CCCACAAGGGACCCGUCCCUGUCAUCCACCCCCGUGUCCCUCCCGCAGGGUGACCCCGGUCCCAAAGGUGCUGAUGGCGCCCCUGGCAAGGACGGUCUCCGAGGCCUGACCGGUCCCAUCGGCCCCCCCGGCCCUGCUGGUGCUCCUGGUGACAAGGGUGAAGCCGGUCCCCCCGGUCCUGCUGGUCCCACCGGUGCCCGUGGUGCUCCCGGUGACCGUGGCGAGCCCGGCCCUCCCGGUCCUGCUGGAUUUGCUGGCCCCCCCGUAAGUGUGACCCGCCUCCCCCGGGGGUCCUCUCCCGCCCCCCAGCGUGGGGGCGUCGGUCCUGCUGGCAAGAACGGAGAUCGUGGUGAGACUGGUCCCCAAGGUCCCGCUGGCCCCCCUGGCCCCGCUGGUGCUCGUGGUCCUGCUGGUCCACAAGGUCCCCGUGGUGACAAAGGUGAAACCGGUGAACAGGGAGACAGAGGCAUGAAGGGUCACAGAGGCUUCUCCGGUCUCCAGGGCCCGCCCGGUCCUCCCGUAAGUGCCGCGGGGGCGGCCCCGCGUCCCGGGGGCAGCGGGUUCGAUUUCAGCUUCCUGCCGCAGCCGCCGCAGGAGAAGGCGCACGACGGCGGCCGCUACUACCGCGCCGAUGAUGCCAACGUGAUGCGCGACCGCGACCUGGAGGUGGACACCACCCUCAAGAGCCUGAGCCAGCAGAUCGAGAACAUCCGCAGCCCCGAGGGCACCCGCAAGAACCCCGCCCGCACCUGCCGCGACCUCAAGAUGUGCCACGGAGACUGGAAGAGCGGUCGGUGUCCCCCCGGGGCUGUCGCUCUGUCUCUGUCCCCUCUGCCUCUGUCCUUCUUCCACCCCCCGGCUCAUCCGCACCUCCCCUCGUGUGUCCUGUCUCUGCUGUCCCCUCCCUCCAUGUCCCUCUCCGCUUCUCUCCUUCUUCCUCUUUUCCCGCUCCACAAGAGCCGGGGGAAGAAGUAUGGCUCCAACGUGCAUCGGAUCAAGAACAUGUUCCUGCAGAUGGGGACGGCGCCCGGCCCCGAGGGCGCCUGCGACCUGGCCAAGGCCAAGGAGAAGCCGGUGCGCCUGUCCCUGCCCCGAGCCGGCAGCCUGGGCGACGGCGUGGACCAGGGCAGCCUCCUCAAGCUGGGCACCAGCGUCUCGGAGCGCGUCAGCCGCUUCGACUCCAAGCCCGACAAACCCUUCUCCAAGCUGCAGGAGACCCGCAAGAUCUUCGAGAGGAGCCCGCAGGAGAAAGCCAGCAGCGCCAAGCUGCUGCUGCGCAAGGAGCGCGCCGGCUUCCAGGACCGCAAGCUGGACGUGGUGGUGCGCUUCAACGGCAGCACCGAGUCGCUGGACAAGCUGGAGGCGGACGCGGUGUCGCCCACCGUGAGCCAGCUGAGCGCCGUGUUCGAGAAGGCCGACCUGAGGAACAACCUGCACAAGGCGCAGGGCAGGGCGGCCGCGCCGCUCCAAGCCAAGGCCGUGGCCAAGAGACCCAGGGUCUUCGCGCCCGGCGCCGAGCCCGCUCGCCCCGGCGAUGGCCACGCGAGCCCGGCCCGAGCGCGGCCGCAGGACGAGGAGAAGGCGGCGGGGAAGAGCGGGCGGCCGGCGGAGAAGGAGGCG